CUAGGCACGGAAUCAAGAACAUCAUCGAUAAAACUACGUGUCGGAAGCGCCCACGAAUACGUCAACUUCACAACUGGGCGUGUGGCUCACUAUUUCGCCAUCCUCGCAUGGUGGCACCUAAUAAAAAUCCGAUAAAUCGCAGCCUCACCAGUCCUACCAUUUAUUACCAGGCAUCACCCUUCUAGCUAGUCGUUUUGAGCUUGUCAACGGUGAAUUCAUUAUUCUCACUCCACCCUCAGCAAACAGCAUCAAACAACCACUUCAUAAUCCGUACUGACCGUCGCCUCCUAUCAAUUGCCCAUCAACCGAUCGUCCUCGCUCAAGCCAUCCCUAUCUCUCGCUACUACUGCGGGCACUAAGCAUCGCGGGCACUAUCAUUCCCCCGGAUCGAGAUUGAACUCUAGGCUCCGCUGGUGAAUGACGCAGCCUUACCAACUACGAAAACACACUCCAGAUUCCUAAAUUCAGCUUCUACCACUACCGCUGACAGUAUCAACCUUGCUACCGCCACCACCCUUCCUAUCUGGCACUCUACAAUGGCAGAUUCUGGACGAGUGAUGGGAGAGCGGGUCUUCUGCUACCAAUGCGAUAACGAAUGGGAACGUGAACAUGGCGGACUGAUCUGCCCCAGAUGUGAGAGCGAAUUCACCGAGAUUCUCACCCCAGAAACAGAGCCGGAUUUUGGCCCAGAUCGUAUACCAUCCCCUCCCUCUUUGCCUAAUCUUCGACCUUUGCUUGAUCAUAACCCAUGGGCCGAGAAUUUCGACCCGGAUCCUCACAACAAUUUUACCACGUUUGAAUUCACGAGUGGCAAUGGUGGAGGGAGAGUGUCUUUUAGCACAAGGACGUUCAUGACGGGUGGCUCGUUGGGAAUGAAUAAUCAAGCCGUACCCCCAAUGUUUGGCAAUCUACAUCCUCAGGGAGGCCUCCAUAUGGCAGGCGAACCCCGGAAUCCUCACGCAAACAACCCAACGGGAAAUCUACAAGAUAUGCUUGCAAUGCUUUUACAGACAAUGACCGCAGCGUCGGACCGCAUUGCGAUGGAAGCAACAGCGAACCAACGCGGUAAUCCACAGGCACAUAACCCCCCGAUGGGCCCCUUUGACUUUCUAGAACACUUAAUUUCGCCCGGCCAACAUGGUGAUAUUGUGUUCGGCGAGCAAGCUUUUGACCGUGUUAUGGAGCAGCUCAUGGAGCAGGAUCUUGGGAACGGUGCGCCACCACCGGCAUCAGAAGAAGCGAUCCGAUCGUUGGGAAAAAAGAAAGUCGACUCAGAGAUGUUAGGAGCAGAAGGCCGAGCCGAGUGUUCAAUAUGCAUGGACAAUGUGGAGCUAGGGGAUGAAGUGACAACGCUACCCUGCAACCACUGGUUCCAUGGUGACUGUGUUACAGCGUGGUUGAAAGAGCACGACACUUGCCCUCACUGUCGAAAACCUAUAUCAAGUCCUGAUCAAGGACCGCAAGCGAGCUCUUCCCGGCGGCGGCGAACGAGCCGAGCAAGAUCAUCAAUAUCAAGCCCAACUGGCUUCGGUCCCGAAGCUAGCAGAUACAAUUCCGUCACGAUGCCCGAAGGUCGGAGCGAGGCCAGACCACCCCGGCACACCUACCAUGGAAGGAGAUCAGAAACAAACCUGGAGCGACAUGCGAGCCAUCGAUCCACUUCUCGACGACACAGCACGAGAAAUGACGGUGAAAGUGGUGCAGACGGUGCAAGUAGUAGAAACCAUCAUGCUGGAGGAGGGGGCGUAACGGGUUGGAUCAGAGAUCAUUUGCCUUUUCCGUAGGGAGAAAAUACGCAGAGAUGAACGCUACCACGUAUGAUAUGAAACACCCACCAAGACAGGAAAGCUUCACGCAAAGUGAAGCAUCUACAAAGGCAACAUUUGCUCGAGGGAGGACAAUGUUAUUCCCUGGCAUGCUCAUAUGAAUCAAGAUCCGCGAAUCGGAGACUAACGGAUGAAACUGGGUGUGGUGCCACUACUCUUCUAUUUGGGCAAGGCCGAAGAAGAUAGAAAGGAUCUUCUCAGCAGUCCACGGACUCGCCAUGUCGAGAUGAAUGGUGUAAUGGUUGAUAUGAAUGAGGCUACGGGACGCAACAGACAACAAGCGGAGCAGGAAAACAGGGGCUGUAGUUCUUCCUGUUGUCGUCUCUAGAUACACUAUCCAGGGUGUAGGUGAUUUGGUGAGAGUAUCUUCUUGGGAUGAAUUAUGACGAGACAGACGCCAGAGAAAUAGUCACAACUAUCUACUCUGGUAGCUACUUGGGUAUGUGUACCAACAUUGGGCUCUAAACUUUUGUAUUGUUUGUGCCCGCAAUCGCAAUCGCAUUCGUAUUC